UGGAAAUCUGUUUAUCGUGAAAAAUUAUUUAGUAAAUCGAUCAUAUUAGAUCUACAAUUUUAAUAUUAUUAAUAUUAUACAUAACAAUAAAGGUAAAAAAAACAAGAAAAAGAAACAGUUUCUUUUAGAUACAAAAGAGAAUAACCUCUAAAUUCUUAAAUGUUUCUUAUUAUAUUAAAUACAAACCGAUGAAAUGUUAUUCCAUAAUAUCGAGCUUUGUUGGUUAUGCCACAUGCCUGACAAUAUACCAUUUUUAUAACUUAUUUGUUAUAACUUUUUUUUAUUUUUCAACGUUUUAUAAGCAACUGAACUAAACACACUAUACACGCAUAAAAACACGCUAUAGCAGCUGAAAACAUGCGCAUUGCGCAUGUCACAAAAGUGGGUACACAAGAUGGCUGCUGGAUUUCUUCCGUCCCCAGUAAAUCGUACCCCCACUACCGAUAUGCUCUCUCCUUUCUUUCUUUACUCUUUGGGGGCACGCACCUUCCUAACCUACAAUUCGAUGUCUGUAUAUACUGCGACGUGGUUCGCGUAUCGUGUCCCAGGUCGGCCGCGAGCUUUCUCUCGCGACUCGACGCUCACGUCCAAAUUCGCUCAGGCGAAUUUAUUCCACGACUAUUUCGAGUUCUUUAGCAAUUACGAUUGGGCGCUAGGUGCGGAAACGGCCACACCACCAAGGAGUCGGACUUCCAGAAACCAUCGUACGAUCGGCGAUAAACCGCCCGGUGAUGAACGGGCGCGACUAGCUCCUCGAGAGCGUUUGUCUGCGGAGGCUGGGAUCUCAGAGGAUAUUCGAUUGUUACUCAGGAUGAUGACCUCGACGACAUAUCUCAAAGUCAAAGUGAUUAGAGCUGAGUCGCUUCUACGGAAUAUUUACCCUAUUUUCUAUUUAGAUUAAUCAUAAUAAUUUGUUAAAAGUCUAAAAGCAGUGAUGAAAUCACUAAUAUACAUUAUACCAGUAUUCGUCGGAUAUUUAAUGUUGAUCCAUUAUUCCAAUGUUAGUAAAUAUAUUAUAAUGUUAUGUGAAUACUAUAGGAAUACAUUAUAUAAGUAUAACUCUUAAAAAUAUCAUUGGAACUGUUGGAAUUUUUGCAUGUCGGUCAAUCGUUAAAAGACGUUUAGCAUGCUCAGAACAUGAAUGGAAAAUCGCUAUAGAUAAAAAAAAUAUUUUUUUCAAAGGGUUAGUUUACUUAAAUUAACAUUUAUAGCAUAGAAAAGACCAAGGCUAGAUGCUCUAUAUUUUAGAAUGUCGAAGUUACAACUUGUUAGAUAACUAAUUGUUGUGACUAACUAUAUAAACAUGAUAGAGACAACUUCAUAAUAGAGGUUUUUUCUAUGUAUUUAUGUCCGUCACGACCCUGUUAACCGUAUAUUUUAUUUUAUAAUAACCAAAAUAAGAACAUGCAGCAACAUUGUUAUCUUAUUUCGAUAUCAGAUUCAGUUUCUCAGCAGCAUAGAGUAAAGAAA